CAAUUUCUUCUAUAUGGGUAAAACGGCGACGCUUCCGACUAAUGCUGCAGAAAAGAAAACAUGAAAGCUGGAAGUUAAAAAAGGGAACUUGUUUCCGGUUCUUAGGAAGAAGAUAAUGGUGAUAACGGUCGGAGAAGCAACGCCUUGUCUCAAGUUCACACUCUCUCGUUUCAACCCGUCGCCAGUACUUCCAACUUUCCUCCGGCGACACACUUUCUCCUCCCGGCGAAAUCCCAUCAGAGCUCCCGCCGUCGUCGUCGCCGCCGCCACUACUCCCAAGCGAUGGAGCACUACUCUCAGCUCCAAAAGCUGCGAGGUUCCAGUUUUUGAUCCAUUGGGCAUUGAAUCAAAUGGAGAUUCUGGUCUAGGUGAUGCCUGGGAAAGCUUUGUCUCUUUGUUAUCCCCAAUUUUCGAACUGGGUUCCUCAAGUAGUUCAAGAAAAGACAAGCCUUUACCUCGAGGAGUUGCAGCUGCAAUUGAGGACAGUUCAAUAGAUUUUGGGGAUUUCUUCAAGGGCCCAUUGCCAGGAAAGUUCCUCAAGCUAUUGGGUUUUUUAGCUCUAUCACGCCUUGGAAUCUACAUCCCACUUGGUGGUGUUAACAGGGAAGCUUUUGUGGGGAAUUUAGAUCAGAAUAGCUUGCUGAGCACUUUGGAUUCAUUCUCUGGUGGAGGAAUUGGUAGGUUGGGGAUUUGCUCUCUUGGUAUAGUUCCAUUCAUCAAUGCACAGAUUGUGUUCCAGCUUCUUGCUCAAGUGUAUCCCAAGUUGCAAGAUCUUCAGAAAAGAGAAGGGGAAGCUGGACGGAAGAAGAUUCUUCAGUAUACUCGAUAUGCUUCGGUUGGAUUUGCUAUAGUACAGGCAAUUGGUCAAGUUUUCUUCCUUCGUCCCUACGUCAAUGACUUCAGUUCAGAAUGGGCUAUAUCAUCCGUCACAUUACUAACACUUGGCUCGGUUCUCACUACAUACCUCGGUGAACGAAUCUCGGAUUUGAAGCUUGGCAAUGGGACAUCUCUCUUGAUAUUCACAAGCAUCAUCUCCUACUUGCCAGCUUCUUUUGGUAGGACUGCAGCUGAGGCAUUGCAGGACGGGAACUACAUUGGUCUUGGUACCAUUGUAGCGUCAUUCUUACUGCUAGUCUUUGGCAUUGUGUAUGUUCAGGAAGCAGAGAGGAAGAUCCCGCUUAACUAUGCCUCAAGAUAUAGCAGCAGCAGUGGUGGUAGCCUUCAAAAGUCUGCUUAUCUUCCAUUCAAGGUUAAUAGUUCUGGAGUGAUGCCAAUCAUUUUCUCCACGUCAUCAUUGGCUCUUCCUGGCACUCUAGCCCGGUUCACUGGAAUAUCUGUGCUGAAAAAGGCUGCCUUGGCUCUGAACCCUGGAGGUUCAUUCUAUCUCCCUACAAACAUUAUGCUUAUAGCCUUCUUCAACUACUACUACACAUUCCUUCAAUUGGACCCUGAUGAUGUGAGUGAACAAUUGAAGCGCCAAGGUGCAUCCAUCCCAUUGGUCCGUCCCGGUAAAAGUACUGCAGCCUUUCUGAAAACAGUUCUAAGCAGAAUUUCAGUUCUUGGUUCGGCUUUUCUGGCCGUCCUGGCAGCUGGUCCAGCAGUGGUUGAACAGAUCACGCACUUGACAGCAUUCCGAGGAUUUGCAGGGACCUCUGUGCUAAUUCUUGUUGGUUGUGCCACCGACACUGCGAGGAAAGUUGAAGCAGAGAUCAUAUCUCAGAAGUAUAAGAACAUUGAGUUUUAUGAUCUUGACAAGUAUGGAAAAUGAGAUUUUGGAAGGAGAGGGUGGAAGCCCUGUAGAGUUGUAAAGCUAUUCCAAGAGUAGUAAUCCCACUUUAAAGAUAGCUGUAGGGAAUGAAUUGUACUUGUAUGAAAAAAGUGUCUUAUAUAUGUUGUAAAAUAAUCAUUCAGGGACCAUUUUUCAUGGUAGUAGAGAGGUUGAAGUUGAAAGAGAUAAAUCGAUAAGUAUAUGGUUGUCGUCUCCUGUUAAGUUAUAUACUCGAUCUUGAAUGAAAUGUGAACACUAUUUGUUCCAAAAGUUUCCUUAUCUUCUAUAGUAUGCCUACCUCCAUCUGAAGUACAUAAUGUUGUAGCAAUCAAAUUGCAAUAGUAUAUUUCUACCCAGUAUCCAACUGAUCCAAGAACCACGAUGAUAACAAAACGGUAAACCUAUUGGUCAAGAUUUCUCCCACUCCCCUACUAGAGGAAUUGGUCACUUCAUAGAGACUACCCUAAUGAAGAAGUAAAUGAGACUCUAUGAAAAAGGGUUCUUGUUGAUGAAGUAAAUGAAUGUGGAUAAAUGUCAAUUCAUCAAAGGGACAAAGGGUGAUGGAUGGGGGGAAGUCAAUUCCCAUUGUUCAUACGUUGGAUGACUCAUCAACCGAUAUGUUUAUAUAUGGUUGAGUUGGAGGAGGUGUCUCAUUCACCUUUAGGUUUUGGAUUUUGCAAACCAAUAAAGCAAUGGCUGCCAUUUCGUCUCUUUGUUCAUCUAUAGGCUAAUUGUUAGCCAACUUUUCAAAAGAAAGCACACUCAUAUGCAAAAGAAAGCAAAGGCAAAAAAGGCCUCUACCUUUUGGGAAAUGGAAUGGGAAAUUUCCCGUGAGGGGAAAGGAAUUGGCUUUCCCUCCCAACAAUUGCUUUCCACCGGCCCAAUGCCCUACUUCUCACGAUUCCAAAGGGUCAAAAUCACCCAAACUUUCCCAACGAAUUAGGGCACUCAUCAUAUCCCUUUGCAACAAUGAGAAGAUGCCACCUCUUGGUAAAUUGUGUGUGUUUUUGGAAUUGGUAGAUCCAAAAGGUGAAUUAAAUUCGGGUUCAAGUAUGUCAAGGUUGAAAUUUGGAGAUUAUUUGUGACAUUCGUAAGGUAAUCGGUUAGAAGCUGUGUUCUUCUUUAAUUGGCCUCUUGGUAAAUUGUGUGUGUUUUUGGAAUUGGUAGAUCCAAAAGGUGAAUUAAAUUCGGGUUCAAAGUAUGUCAAGGUUGAAGUUUGGAGAUUUUUUGUGACAUUCGUAAGGUAAUCGGUUAGAAGCUGUGUUCUUCUUUAAUUGGCUUGUAGGUUGUAGAUGGAACACUAAUAAGAAUCAGAUCAUGCAUGAGUUAGUCUUUAUAUCCUUUUGUGAAAACUCUCACAUGUUAAUGCAAGAGCUCAAUUGUGUAACGAUUUCGCCUCCUUGAUUCUUGGUGAUACCUCUUUUUAUUGCUCCGACGCUGAAUAUAAUUCAGUUCGAUAGUAACGAUAUAUAAUAUCGUUAGCCAUAAUACAGGGUCGUGAUAGAGACCAUGAGACAAAUUUUGCAUGAUAUAUACCAUUAUCAUUACAAGUAAGCAAUCGAAUAGAUAUUAUUUGAAGACUAUUGUGUCCAAGUGGCUCAUAAUAAGAAUGUAUUUAGGACCAACCAAAGAUGUGGCCUGUGGCUAACUGUUUUGUGACAACAAAAACUGACCCACAAUGAAAGAGGGGCUAAAGACAAAGCUAAUAUUAUCAGUCAAACAAUGCAUGUCCUUACCAAAUACGCGGAAACAUAAGUACUCUAGGGUUUAUGGCAGUUGAUUGCAAAACUAAUAUCUUGAGAUGUACUACCUGUCUACCUGUAGUACUCUUUAGCUUAGGAAAACGUUGGGAGAAUGGAUCGAUCCAGCGGGACUUAUAUUGGAGAUUCACAUUCGAUCUUCAGGUUCAAACUCAUUGAGAAAUGUUUAAUAGAGAGUCAGAGGAUCG